AUGGACGUGUCCGACGACCGCUUCUACGGCUCGCAGACGCCGGAGCGCGCCGACAGCACCAGCCCGCGCUCGCACAUGAGCAGCCCGCACUCAGCCUCCUCCGUGAACGUGACGGACCAGGGCCUGUCCAUGUCGCAGCAUCAGCAGAACCUGGAGACGCUCAACCGCAUGGGCAUGUUCUUUCACGCGCAGCAGAUGCACCUCAACCAGAGCUUCGACGCGGUCAAGUCUCGGUUAGGGUUGACGCAAGUGGCCAGUGUUAGUCAGGGGCCGCGGCACACGAUAGACGCGAUACUGGGACUGAACGCGGGGAGACAGCGAGUGAGUGAGUUCGAGCAGAGACGAGAGGAGAGAGAGAGGGAUUGUGAACCCGUGCCCGUGUCGCCUGGGGCCAUCGAGAGUGCUGGCGAGGGUUCAUGCAACAGCAACGAUGGUUACCAAGUUGCGGACAAAUCCGACGACGAGGGUCCUCCGGCAUCUGCAGAAGACAAGAAGAAGCAUCGGCGGAACCGCACCACCUUCACCACCUACCAGCUGCAUGAACUGGAGCGAGCGUUUGAAAAGAGCCACUAUCCUGACGUGUACUCGAGAGAGGAGCUGGCUAUGAAGGUCAAUCUGCCGGAGGUUCGGGUGCAGGUCUGGUUCCAAAACCGUCGCGCCAAGUGGCGGCGCCAGGAGAAGAUGGAAGCAGCUCGCCUGGGCCUCUCGGAGUACGGCUGUGCCCCGCCGCGGCUGUCUGCGCUCGGCCUGCCGGUCGACCCCUGGCUCGCUCCACCACUGCUUACUGCUUUACCGGGUUUUCUAAGUCAUCCUCCUUCAGGCUACCCAAGUUACCUCACUCCCCCCGCACCGGUGACCCCCGCACCCGCGCCCCCCGACCCGCGCUCCACUUCCAUAGCAGCGCUGCGGAUGAAGGCCAAGGAACACGUGGAGAGCCUUAGCAAAGGUCUGCAGAUGGUGUAA